AAGGAUGAACUGCAUGCUCCGUCUGCAGUCAGACUCCUCCUCUGAAAUCGUAUCCUAGCGACGGGACGCUUUGCUCUUCAGGAUAACAGAGGUACAAGGCCGGCCUAAGCUUACUUUGCAGCGGGAUGUCAGAUAGCAGUGACAGCCCUGAAGUCUUCACGGACGUGUCUGAGCCCAGGUCGGAGACGCAGUCAAAAGGUGCCCAAGUCCAGUUUGAUGACAACGGUGCAUCACAGCCAGGUGAUGAUGGCCAAGUAUUCAGAAGUGCCUCACAGCAGGAGCUGCUGGACUCUCAAGUGUCCACGGCGACCUCCGUUAUCCAGCCUGAGCAGCACAAAACAACCAGAAGCACACCACUGAGUCUGGAUUGGGCAUUUGGGUUCAACAGCAGGUUGCCAGUGUUCUGUCUGCAGGAUGACGAGAGGCUGGUGAUUGUCUAUGUGUGUGCACAUGUCGCUGUCAUAUAUGACAGCACCGCCAACACGCAGCACCUGCUGCAGGGGCACUGCAGUCCCAUAUCCUGCGCCUGUGUGAGUGAAGACCGGCGAUGGCUGGUGACAGCUGAUCGGGGACAGGAGAGUCUGGUCAUCAUAUGGGACACCUACACUGGCAUCCCUGUGAGGACGAUGUUCGACUGCCAUCGAGAGGGGGGCACUGUUGCGCUGGCUCUGUCUCAUGACUCCAAGCAUCUGGUGACCGUGGGCUCUGGAGAUGGAAAUGGGCAGCGCCUGUGUGUUUGGGACUGGUCUAGUGAAUCAGAGACUCCUUUGUGCAUGUCUGAACUUCCUGAGGAGCUUGGCAAUCAGAAACACAUCAUGGUCCACCCCAGUGACAACACUCAGCUGAUCAGCAACAGCCAGAGCAGAGUGCUGUUUUACCAAAUGGAGGGGAAGACCAUUGAGUACUCAGCCCCUGAUAUCUCAGACAAGACCUUCAACAAGGCGGUGGGUGCGUUCAGCCAGUCUGUGUUCUACAGUGGUGGCGAGCAGGCCUACAGUGCCACAUCGCUGGGCAACGUGCUGAUCUGGUCCCCCAGGGUGUGGGGGGGCGCCAGGGCCUAUUCCGCACUCAAGCUCGUCACACUGCAGCCGGACGCCAUCACUGUGCUCAUGCAAAUGGACAGUUACGUGGUGACAGCUGACUGUAAGGGCCAUGUCAAGUUCUAUGACAGCAGGCUGCGUCUGCUCAGCCAUAACUCUGACCUGGGCCUGGACUCCAUCGUCUCCCUGUCGUCCGGCACCCGGCGGCCCGCCGCAGCCCUGGGACACCCGGAGGACUGCACCCUGGCGGCCAAGCCCUUCCUCAUUCGGAACCUGCUGGUCUCCACGGCGGCGGCCAGGGUGGUGCAUGUGAUCUCCCAGGGUGGGCGGGUCCAGAACCUGAUGACGGAGCAUGCUAAUUCGCUGCCGGCGGUCGCCUGUCACCCGUCCCAUCCCAUCGUCGCCAUGGGCAGUAACAGUGGCAUCCUGAAGCUGUGGGACUACGAGAGAAGGCAGGUGGUGUGCACCAGACUCUUCCAGAAGGAUCCGCACAUCCAGUGUCUGGCCUACGAUCCACAAGGUGUGCACCUGGCGGUGGGCUUUGCUGGCGGAGGUGUGUGUGUGCUGCACGCCUGCUCUCUGCACUCGGAGCAGAUAGAAGUGCUGCCCUACUGCACAGACCUCAUCACACACAUGGCCUUCUCACACGACUCCACAUACCUGGCAACCGCCGAUGAGGGCCGAGCGGUGACCCUCUUCCAGCUGUGUCAGGUGAACGCGGCGCAGCAGGAUGGUGGGCAGGGGCAGGAGAAGAGGAAGGAGAAGAAGGAGCAGGGUCAGCAGCAGGGCCAGGGCCAGGGCCAGGGGCAGGGGCAGGUGACUGAGCGCUGGGCGUACCUGGGCCGCCACCACUCCCACUACCUGCCCAUCCAGGAACUGCUCUUCGGACAGCAGCUGGACACGGGCCUGCCCCGCCUGCUCUCCCUCGGACAGGACCGCAGGCUGAUGGAGUAUGACCUCUUGGCUAGCGGUGGCGAUCGUCUGGUGCUGCUCAGUGCGGAGCGUGUGGAGCAGAGCGGGGUGCCCACCUGCAUGGCCUGGUACCCGCCCCUCACCACCGAGAGCUUCCUGCUCACCGCAGCCGACACACACAAGAUGAAACUCUACAACGCCACCACCAAGAUGUGCAGGAAGACACUGUUGGGGCCCUGCUUUGGCUCCCCCCUGAGGAAGAUGAUGUUACUGCCCAAGAACAGCGACGGGGACCCCAAAGCCCGAUACAUGGCCUACAUCACCACAGACAAGGUGGGUCUCCAGAUCCUGCCCCUGGACGGCAACCCCCACCGCUGCAGUGGUCAGCUGUGCUACUCCACGGGGGUGUCCAGCCUGGCCGUGUCUCACGAGGGACGCUACGCCUUCACCACCGGGGGCCACGACUGCACCGCAUUCUGCUGGAAGAUCAACCUCAGUGCAUUGGAGGCAGCAGCAGCUCUGGGCGGUAAGGACUUGGAGCCCUUCUACAGCCUGCUGGAGGGAGGCAGAGAUGGAGACCUCUUCAGGGAGAUGGAGGAUUACUUCUACUAUAGUCAGCUGCGCAGCCAGGGCAUCGACAGCAUGCAGGCGCGACAGGUGUCCACACACAUCCCCCUGGCAGAGGUGCCCUUUGUCAUGCGGGCACUAGGCUUCUACCCAACAGAGCAAGAGCUGGAAGACAUGCAGAACGAGGUGAAGUUCAGCCGCUACGCGGAGACGGGUCAGUACGUGACGCACGUGGACCUGCCCGACUUCAUCCGGCUGUUUGUGAACCACCGGCCGGCCCAGGGGCUGCGGCUGCAGGAGCUCCAGUGGGCCUUCAGCGUGCUGGGGGACAGAGGAGGACAGGGCAUCAGCAGAGACAGGCUGCUGGAACUGCUGCAAGCCAGAGGUGAACACAUGACGGAGGAGGAGUUGGCUGAGUGCUUCAGCUCCCUGCUGGGAGUGGGUCCUGAGGGAGGCCGCACGGAGGCCACACACUGGCAAGACACGGACACCACACUGGAGAGGGAGAUGCCAGAGGAGGUGACCUUCGAGGCGUUUGUGAGGGGCGUCUUGGGCUUCCCUCUGGGCUGUCCGCAGGCCUCAGGGGCCUCCUCAGACGCCUCCUCUGAGCUGCUGGCAUAAAGACUCUCCUGUCUGCCGGGGAGACAUACCACCCAUACAUCACACCACUCGACAACUACCCUCCACUGCACUCUGCUACACUGCGCUACACUACACUAGACUACAAUGUGCAUUACACUACACUACAUUAUGGUACACUACACUAUGCUACACAACUCUACACUACACUACACUACACUACUGUGCACUACACUACAGUACACCACACUAGCAACCGUAAAUAUUGAUAAAAGAUAAAAUGUUGCUCUGUUACUUACGUGAUGGUCAUACGGAACAUUUUGGAUGAGGUGUGUUGUGUGGUAGCAACUGUAUAAGGAUCAUAUGAGGACCUAAUAACACAUCUUGGUGUCUUAUUUUAUGGCAGGUCCAUUCGAGGCAAGCCCAAAAUCCACACAAAUUGCAAGCAAGCAAGUGAUUAUACGUGUAGGCCUACACAUGAAUCAUUUUUUUUUAAAUGGCUCAGCUUUUUCAUUUUCAUGUUUUUUUUUUUCCACUGGGCUCGCUCGGUGUAUAUUGUACAAUGAAAAUCCAUUAAAUUGGAAAAAUUGCACUGAUAUGUCAAAUUAUAGCCAAUGUGACAUUGAAUAAGAUGUUUUUCUAGAGAAAAGAUAAAAAACAGCAAUGUCUGAAAAUCUGGUUUCAUUAAACUGUUGGACUAAAAGUAAA